AUGCACGACGAGAACGCUUUACCUGCUGCCAACGCCUUUGCCUCCAACGGCUACCCGUCCUCCGCACCGUCCAACUCGACGCCGCCUGCGUCCGGCUUUGCGCUCGAUCCGCUCCAGAUGAUGAAGCGCGCCCCCUCCCAAUCAUACGACGCGCACGCUGGCCUCGGUCAUCUCGGCGCCAUCCCCAAUCCUCAGAUGCCCGACGCCGCCGCUGCUGCCGCUGCCGCUGCCGCUGCCGCCGCCAAGAAAGCGCGCUUCGUCUCGGAAGGCAACAUCCCCAGCCUCGCCCAGCACAACUUUGCCAACUUUCCGACGGGCGCAGCUGCUCAGCCUCCAUUCCUCGCCAACGGCGCCACCACCGGCCCGCAGCCUCAACCUCAGCCUUUCCCCGCCGUGCCCGGUCUGCAGCCACCAGGCAACGGCACCAACGGCACACGCUCCUUCUCGGGCAACCUCGGUCACGCCAACCUCAUCGGCGCACAAAAUGGCCAGCCUUUCGAUGCGGCUGCUGCUGCUGCUGCUGCCGCCGCCGCUCCCUUCCUGCUCUCCGGUGCGAACGGCUUGAAUCCAGCCGCAACCAUGUUCCCCAACUUUGGCGCCAACUUUGGCGCCACGCCCGGCUUUGUGCCCAACGUCGGCGUGCUCUCGGCCAUGCCGCGCCAGAUCAACCCGCUCAACCGCACCGUGUACGUGGGCAACCUGCCCGCCGACGCAUCGGUGGACGAGCUGCUCAACCUGGUCAAGUUUGGGCCCAUCGAAAACGUGCGCAUCCUGCCCGAAAAGAACUGUGCGUUCAUCUCCUUCCUCGACGGCUCCACCGCCACCGCCUUCCACGCCGACGCGUGCGUCAAAAAGGUGUCGCUGCACAACCAGGAGCUCAAGAUCGGCUGGGGCAAGCCGUCGCAGUGCCACCCGGCCGUGCUCAUGGCGGUGCAGCAGAACCAGGCUUCGCGCAACGUCUACGUCGGCCAACUCGACGACAGCGCCUCGGAGCAGUCGCUGCGCGACGAUCUGUCGCGCUUUGGGCCCAUCGACCAGGUCAAGAUCGUGCGCGACAAGAACAUCGGCUUCGUCCACUUUCUCUCGAUCCAGACGGCGAUCAAGGUGGUGGCUACGCUGCCCACCGAGCCGGCGUGGGCGGGCAAGCGCGUGUCGUACGGCAAGGACCGAUGCGCGUACGUGCCCAAGAGCCAGCAGCAGAACCAGGCGCACAACAACCAGGCGGCGGCCAUGGGACUGGCGGCGGCAGCCUCGCUCGGAUACCCGGCGGCGGCGUUUGCGGCGGCCAACAACUUUGGCGGCCAGCUGCCCGUGCCUGCAGCCAGCGGGCCUGAAAACGCGCGCUCGGCGGCGAGCUCGGUGUUUGGACCUGCGGCGGCCAUGAUGGGCGCCAACGCGGCUGCGCUCGAGCAGCUGGGCAACCGCACGAUCUACCUGGGCAACAUCCAUCCCGAAACCACCACGGCCGAGAUCUGCAACCACAUCCGCGGUGGCAUCCUGCAGAACAUCCGAUUCAUCCCCGAGAAGCACAUUGCCUUUGUGACGUUUGUGGAUCCGAAUGCGGCGCUGGCAUUCUACCACCUGGCGUCGUAUUCGGGCAUCAUGAUCCACAAUCGACGGCUCAAGAUCGGGUGGGGCAAGCAUUCGGGCCCGCUGAGUGCGGCGAUUCAGUUUGCGGUGCAGGCGGGCGGAUCGCGGAACGUGUACAUUGGCAACAUUGACGAUCCGGACGUGCUCACCGAUGACAAGAUCCGGAGCGACUUUUCGCAGUACGGCGAGAUCGAGACGGUCAACUCGCUGCGCGAGAAGAACUGCGCCUUUGCCAACUUUACCAACAUCCAGUCGGCCAUCAAGUGCAUCGAGGGCAUGAAGAGCCAUCCGGACUACCAGAACGUCAAGAUCUCGUACGGCAAGGACAGGUGCGGCAAUCCACCGCGCAGCUUGGGUGGCAAUCUGGCGCAUGCUGGCGAGGCGGGUGCGAGGAAGGUCAGCGGCUCCGUGUCGCCCAAUGCGUCGGCGCACCAGGGAGACGAGACCAUGGUGACGGCGAGCGAGUCUGUGCAGGACCUCAGUACGAUGGUAGCCGAUGCAGAUGCCUCCACGGCCGCGGCACCAGCACCCACAACGCCGUCAACAGCAGCCGCACCAGCCGCAAAAUCGUCGACCGACUCGGACCACAAGGAGUGA